GAUUUAUUUGGACAGUGAAUUAUAUUUAACGAUAGUUGCUUAUCCACAAAGAGAUACCGUACAUACGCAUACCAAUACGGUCGGUACCGUCUUUCAAAUAGGCAUUUAUUGUAUAUAAUUUUGACAUUUAUACGCCUGACUUUGACUAUUAAUAUAGAAGGAGCAGAUCAAAUAUUUAACGCCAACGCUCAAAGUUUUGUGAUGGAUAAUCUUAUGGGACCAUUUUGGAGAGGUGGACCAUCACCAGGAUCAUUCUAUAACUUUCCUGGAGGACAAGUUUCAAGCACAAGUAAUAAUGAAGCCACCAAACGAACAAUGCAACCAAUAGUGACUGGAACGUCUGUUCUUGGAAUGAAAUUUGAGGGUGGAGUAAUGAUUGCCGCUGAUACUCUUGGGUCAUACGGAUCUCUCGCACGAUUCCGUAAUUUAUCCAGAAUCAUGAAAGUCAAUGACACCACUGUGCUUGCAGCAUCAGGAGAUUAUGCUGAUUACCAAUAUGUUAAAUCUGUCCUUGAUCAGAUGGUGAUUGAUGAAGAGUCAUUAGAUGAUGGGUUAUGCAUGACAGCACCAUGUGUUUUUUCCUGGAUGACAAGAGUCUUAUAUAACAGAAGGAGUAAAUUUAAUCCAUUAUGGAACACAAUGGUAGUUGCAGGAUAUCAUGACACACAGAGUUUCUUGGGAUGUGUUGAUAAAAUAGGAACAGCAUUUGAAUCGGAAUCAAUUGCUACUGGGUUUGGAUCAUAUCUUGCACAGCCUCUCAUGAGGAAAGCUCUUGAGGAAAAUCGUGGACCUUUUACUGAAGAAAAAGCCAGAAAAGUUAUCGAAGAUUGUUUGAAAGUUCUUUAUUACAGAGAUGCCAGAUCUUAUAAUCGGUAUGAAAUCUCUACUGUCAGAGCACAAGGAGUUACAAUAGAAAAUCCAAAAGCUGCUGACACUAAUUGGGAUGUUGCUCAUUAUGUCAGGGGAUUCGAAUGAAUAUGCAUCGUCUUAAUUGGGAAAUAUGUUUUCAUCAAAUCUAACACCGCUUGAACCAUUUUUGAAACAUUUUGUGGUUGUUGUUGCUGCCAUGUGUAUGCAUGCUUUCAGAUUUCAGUGAAUUAAAUUUUCGUAUCAUCUGUGAAUAAAUACAGUUCCUGAAGUUUUGAAAUAAGAUUUGUUCCAUGUAUUAUUUAAGGUUGAUAUGUACAUUGACUUUAGUUUGCCACCAAAUGACUCUUUCAUUAUUGGAAAAUUUUGGUCAACUUUAAUGGCAAUAAAUUUUCAAGGUUGUUAUAAAA